UCUCAACGAGUCAAAAUGUCUGAUCAAGUGAAAGCCCCGAAGAAGGGCUCCAAGAAGGCCGUGUCCAAGAGCGUCGCCAAGGGCGGCAAGAAGAGGAGAAAGUCCCGCAAGGAGAGCUACGCCAUCUACGUGUACAAGGUGCUGAAGCAGGUGCACCCCGACACCGGCAUCUCCUCCAAGGCCAUGGGCAUCAUGAACUCGUUCGUGAGCGACAUCUUCGAGCGCAUCGCCGGCGAGGCCUCCCGCCUGGCGCACUACAACAAGCGCUCCACCAUCACCUCCAGGGAGAUCCAGACCGCCGUGCGCCUGCUGCUGCCCGGCGAGCUGGCCAAACACGCCGUGUCCGAGGGCACCAAGGCCGUGACCAAGUACACCAGCUCCAAGUAAACUGCUCCGGAGACUCCAACAGACCAACGGCUCUUUUAAGAGCCACACA